AUGUUGAACGUGCUGAUGUUCGCCAUUGAUGAGAAUGUCUAUUUCAGCUAUCAGCCUUAUCCGCACUUUACGAUGAGGAAACACAGUAUUUUGGAAUACCCUACAUUCGCACCCAGCUUUCCUAACAUGCACGGCCAACCAUUGAUCGUCAUGCCCGAUCAAUCGCAUCCGCGAACCAUUGUCUACAGGAACAAUCGAACGGGCGCUCUGGUGCUAACCGGUUCUGUAGGACGCUUCGUGCGCACCUUGGCUUGGAAACUCAACGCCACACUGCAGUAUCCGGUUCCCAUAGUACCUGGACGUGUUUUACAUUCCGUCGAACUGCAGGCCAUCGCCGACGAUAUGGCAAUAGAUGUUCCGGCUGGCAUGGUAGAGCUUACCGACUCGGAGCAAUUGAGCCGAGCCCCCUACCCCUUUGAAUUGACGCAUAUUUGUUUGAUGAUACCGCUGGCCAAUGAUAUUCCACUAAAAGACAUAUAUCUGUACCUGAACAGCGCCAGCAACAUUCUAAUAGCACUCUCCAUAAUAUAUUCCUACGGUUUGGUGCUGGCUCUGCAUAAAUGCCACGUUGAACAAAAAGACGCACGCCUCGUCGACUUCCUGCUCAAUGAUGCAGCACUUCGAGGGCUAUUUGGUUUGCCCUUUCGGCUUGCAAACAAUGCGAGUGCUUGCUGCAGACUUAUCUACGUUAUCCUCGGAGUAAUGGGCCUGAAUUUGAACUGCAUUUAUAAUGCCCAUCUAGGCACCAUGCUAACGCAUCCACCGCAGCAGCCUCAACCACGCACCUACACAGACGUCCGUCAGGCCGGACUGCCUCUGGCUAUACACGAACACGAUCUGGACAUUGCAAAGGAUAUGCAUUUGCGAUUGCUGCCCUUAAAUAGUAGCGAGCUCAACCGGCUUCGGGACAACAUGAACACCAGUAACGUCUAUUUAUGCACUCGCAUACAUUGGUCCCUCUAUAGUGCCCAGCAACAAUACUUUGCCCGUGAGCUCUUUAUUUUUUCUCCAGAUGCCUGCUACAGUCAACUGAGUCUUCUCAGUUUCCAAAUGCCCAACAACUCUUGGCUGGUCGAGCCGAUGAACGAGCUCAUCAUGGACGUUCGGGCAAAUGGCAUCUUUCAAUAUUGGCUCGAACGCCACUUUUUCGACAUGGCAGCCGCUGGGCUAGUUAGCUUCAAAGAUCUGAGCCCGGCCAGGAACUAUGGAGGAGCACUGCAACUCGCACAUCUUCAGUGGAUUUGGUACGCAUAUAUAAUACUGCUAUCUAUUGCUUUUUGCAUCUUCGUAAUGGAGAUUGCCUUCAACCACAUACGCCUACACCGAAAUUAA